UACAUUUCCUACAUCAACAAAUUUGAGUUUAAAUUUCCAUUUCAUAAUAUUGUCAUUUAAAUUUAAUGGUGCUACAUAUCUACGAAAAUAAUUUGAUUCUUGGAUUCAUAGUGUUAACGAAAUUCAUUUCAAAAAGAGGUUUUACAGCAAUGGAAACUGUAAAAAUAUCAUUCAUAUAUUUCUACAAUCUUACUAUUCAAUCAUAUUACUAAUUUUGUUUUGUUCAAUUUCUUUUUAAGGUUUUAUUGUUAUGCGUAAUAGUUGAAUAGUAUUAUCAUUUAUUUGAGAAUGAAGAGCAUUUAUGAAUAUGACUCAUGAAUUUCUUCAAGCGGAAAUCUCGUCGUACGACAUUGACAAUAUCUGAUCAGACCAAAUCAUCCAAGGCUUCACUAUCUAGUGGUGACGGAAAAGCAUCACAACAAGGCUCAACAGGAAAUUUGAGGAAAACAAAUAAAGACUAUCACACAGCUGAAACAAUAGAGUUUAAGGAGAAUAAUGCCAUCAAAAAUUCUUCAAAGUUACCACAAAGAAUCAAACAGACCCGCUUCUCAGAUGACACAAAUGAGAACAACAAUUCAUCAGCAAUUGCCAAUGGCCAUGACUUUGACAACAAUAAUGAAGCCCCAUAUUUAGGAUCACCUGGACAAAGAGACAAUAAUAUGCCUCUACUUGCUCACCCUGUGCCCAACCUUGUUCAAGAUAAUUCUGCAGAUGAUAAUUCUGGAACUCCAAUGUCACUCUAUGCUUCUGUCAUUAAAGGAGAUAAAGCUGAACUCAAGAAAAUUGUUUCUGCAAAUCCUGAGUUGUUAGACACUGCAGAUAAUUUUGGAAGAACGCCACUUAUGUACUGUGUGCUUGCAGAUAGACUUGAUUGUGCAAAAUUUCUCAUAAACAUGGGCUGCAAUCUUGAUCAGGUUGACAAUGCAGGGCGCAGUGCUAUACACUCUGCUGCUCAUAAGGGAAGUUAUAAAUUUCUUGAACUAUUACACAAUCGUGGUGCAAGUCUUGAUAUAAAAGAUAACGAUGGUCAAACUGCACUUCAUCUUGCAACUAGAAUCAGAACGCCGAAAUGCUUGGAAUUCUUACUGAGAAAUUUAGGACCUGGAAUGGUAGAUGUGCCUGACAAUCAAAUGAGGACGGCACUUCAUUGGGGUGCUGCAUUUAACAACACUGAAUGUGUAAAACUCUUGAUAAAAUAUGGAAUAAAUAUUGCAAUACCCGAUGGUGAUGGCAAAACUCCUUUACACUGGGCAGCAAACAAUCAUGAUCCAUCUGCAGUUCAUACCAUGGCAGCAUUGCUGGAACGUUCACCUGGUGUACUGAAUUGGCAAGAUUAUGAAGGUCGAACUGCUUUACAUUUUGCUGUUGCUGGGAACAGUGCCGCUGUUGAAUUUCUUGUCAAUUUUGAAACAGUUGAAUACUCAGAACCAUAUAUUUGUGACGUAGACAGAUCUGAUAAUACUUUUCGUACCCCAUUGCACUGGGCCGCUCAAUUAGGUCACACUCAUAUAGUGAGGUUGUUACUUCAAGGUAUUGAUAAAAUUGCAAAGAAAAAAGUAGAAGAAUCAACAGAAAAUAAAAGUAAAAGUGAAGGGAGUAGAGAUGGGGAUGAAAAAAAUCUUAAAAAUAUAUCAUCAGAUGGAAAUGGUGCUACACCGUUUUUAUAUGCAGCUCUAAGCGACCAUCAUCAUGAUCCAACCGUGACAGAACAAGAAGACAUAGAAGCAAGAAACGCUCUGAUGUGGGCUGCUGGAAAAGGGUCAAACAAUGUGAUCAGAAUAUUGCUAGGAAUGAAGAAAGAUAUUGAUAAACAGGAUAGAAACGGAAAUACUGCCCUUCAUGUUGCUGCAUGGAAUGGUCAUGGCAGCUCUGUUGAACUUUUGCUGAGUCAAGGUGCUAGACAUGACAAGACAAAUAGUGUUGCUCAUACUCCUAUAUUUGGCGCAUGUGAAAAGGGUCAUCUGAAUGUUGUCAAAUAUCUUCUUGAUUACAAUGCCAGCAUUGAUCUUGUUGAUUCUGAAAGUAGGACACCACUACAUUGGGCAGCUCUUGGAGGUCAUGCUGAAAUCUGCGAACUUCUGAUAAAAGAAGGUUUGCAUGUUGAUGUUCGUGAUACACUUGAUCGUACACCGUUACACUGUGCUGCAUUUGGUGGUUUCAUCAAUUGUAUGAACCUUUUGCUUGAAAAUGGAGCCAAUGUUGAUCUACAAGAUCAAGAGGGUCGUUCAGCUCUUCAUUGGGCGGCUCAAUCUGGACAUCUGGAUGCAACAAAGUUAUUAUUUCAAUAUGCUGUAUUUCCUAACCCUAUGGAAUAUACAGAGGAACGACUCACUCCCUUGGAUCAUGCUUUGCAAAAAGAAAAAGAAGAUGUUCUUCAGUAUCUAAUUGAACAAGGAGCGUUAUCUGCCGAACACAUCCGCAAUAUUGCUGCAACGAAAGUUCAAGCAUAUUUUCGAGGUUAUCAAGUUCGAAAAACAUUUCCAAAAGAAAUUCUAAUGAAAAUGUUGAUUCUCAGAAAGGAAAAGAAAAAGGAAAUGGAAGAAAGAUCAGCUGAACAAAUACGCAACAAUGCUGCUAUUAAAAUCCAAGCACAGUUUCGAGGAUACCAAGCAAGAAAAUCUCGUAACAUUAAGACAAAGAAUGAAUCACAAACACAAGAGGAAGAAGCUGAUCUCAAAGAAGAUCCCAAAAAACAAAAUGAUGGCGAAUUUCUCACCAAGCAUGAGGCAGAUAGUGGAUCUCAUUCACCAGACAAUCUGUCAUUGCCAGAAAUUAUGUCAAAUUCGACUUCUUUCAUCACUCAACAGCCAAUAUCAACUGAUAUGAACAAUCCUCCAUCCCAUGAUGAAGGUGUCAUUUGUGAUCAGAUUUCUGUUGCAUCUUCCUCUCAUUCAUCAUUACAUUCAACGCCUAAAAUCAAGUUGAAAACAUUGGAAGGAGAAAUAAGAGAAGAAAAUGAAGGACUCGCUAAACAACAUGCAGAUGAUCAGAAAACACAAUCAUUGAAAGAGCAAAAAUCUCAAGUGAUGGAUGAUAAAAAUAUCGAAAACACACAAAAAUCAAACGAGAAGAAAAAACAUAGAAAGACUAGAAAAACUCGUGCUCAAUUAUCAACUCGUCCAGAAGUCUCGGAUACUGAUUCAUCAAAAGAUAAAUCCAGAUCUCCUCGAACUCGGAAAUCCUCAUCUCCACUUCUCUCAUUGAGAGGUUCCUCGACUUCUUCCGUUCAUAACAAAAACACUCCUGCAGUAAAACCGAAUUCUACCUCAAAAGAACGAAAUCCAGUUCCACCAAAUAAACCUAAUAAGAAAGAACACAGAAGAAGGAGAAAUACAAAACCAAACACAGACAGAGGAACUCCAGAUUAUUCUGCGCUUGAUAAGAUUGGAGAUGAAAAUAAUAUUCAGAGUCAAACUGUCAAGGGUAUAGCUUACAGAUCACAACCACAGGACAAUUCCUUUUUUAAUGAUGAAAUGCCAAGUGUUCCGGAUUGCCCUGUUGCAAGUCCAAGUGCUAGUUUGAACAUGUCAGAAUAUAUUGAAAGUUUGAUGAAGAUGUCGGCAAAGGAACGAAAACUUUUAGUAGAACAUCAAAACAAAAGAAAAGAAGCUUUUAAAUGUGCUCAGCAUUCUGCCAGGAUCAUUCAAAGAGCCUGGUUAAGAUACCUACAAGCUGAGAAUCCAACAUUAUAUAGAAAAUUUCAGUUUAACAAGAGACUAACACUUAAAAAAUCACCAGUUGAAACGAAAAUUGUAAAAGUCAAAGCAGAUACAUUGGAAAAUGAUACCUCUAAGAAAGAAACCACUUCUGGCGUUGUUACAAAUGAUUCACCAAAGCAAGAAUCAUCUUCAAGUAUAAAAUCAGCAUUAAAACAACCCUCUGUUGAAUCGAGUGUAGGAACCACUUCAGUUGCUUCAUUCGCGCAGAACCGGAAUUCUCGUUCUGAAGGUUCCAGAUCUUCUAUAUUGUCAAGUUCUGAUGCAAGAUCUUCAGGGAGCAGAAUUAGAAAAAGUUCUAAAACGAGGAGACCAAAGACUGUUGGUUACCCCGAUUCGAAUGUUUACAUUUCUGUAGAAAAAUUAGAAGAACUUUCCAGGAUAUAUGGUCACCCUAAAAUAAUGAGAGAUAUGUUGUCAGCUUAUGGAAAUAAAUCUUCUACAGGGACAAGCUUACCAUCAAUUAAUUCAAGUCCAACUAAAUCAGCAUCAUCAAAACGAUCUACUAUCUCUAUGUCAGAAAGUAUAAGACAAAGAUUUGAAGCUGAUUUGCAGGGACCAAUUCCUACUCAUUCACCUAGAACAUGGGCAAGUUCAUCUAAUGUUCAGAAAAACAGAACAACUGAUACUCCAAUGGCGACUAGAACUCAUCCGAGAUCAAAGAGUGGACCACCAAAUAAAAAUAUUGAUCUUAGACUUCUACCACUGCAAUGGCAAAGAUUGUAUGGCGAACUACAAAAUGCUAAUGCUGCUGAUGAUGCAAGAAGAAAAUAUUCAACAAGGUUUUCAUACAACAUGGAUCAAUGAUAUUCAAAUUACCAAAAAACUAAGCUUUCUCAAGUUUCCUCGUCCUAGCUGAAGGAAUUGUUGAAUUCAAAGAUGCCUUCGUAGAUUUGCAUUCUACUCUGCAUAUUCAUGGGAUUAAGCAAAUUCUUGUUGUUGAUUUCAGGGAAACCACAUUAUUAUGACACACAAAGAGUGGCUGUUUAUCGUAUAUAAAAUAGAUUAUUACUUAUUAGUGCGUAGACUUUUUUAUUUUGUCUUUCAAAAAAAACAUCAGGUAAAAUGUUUUCAACAUAAAACAGAAAUAUUGCAAAACUGAACAUAUGGUAUCCAUCCAACAUGCGAUGUAGGGUCACACAUAACUAUUGAAUUAUUUUUAUCUGUUAUUGCUUGUUAAAUUCAAGCACUUUACUUUUUUUAACUUGCCAAAUUUUAUUUUUUCACUGUGUAUUUAUAAAGAUGUCAUAAUUUUAUUAGAUCUAUCUAUCAUGUUGUGUCUUAUCGUUGGUAUAUUGUCAAAUGAAAUAUAUUGCUGCAGAAUAA